AUGUUCAAGGGCUCGGCUGGCUACCUUUUUACUCACUACUACUUUGCCUGGCCCAUUCCCAUUUUAUUUGGGGUCGGCCCUCCGCGUCAUGCGUCUCCAGGCGGCUCGGUCCUGGGUUGUUUUACUGUUAACUUUUUACUCACUAAUUUAAAAUUAUUUGAACUAUCGACUUUUCUCAAAAGGAAUAUCUUUCAAUCUCCUAUUCUUUCAGGCCUGGAGCCUUCGGAGAAGACGAAAGAACAAUCAAUGUCGAAGCGCGUCAAGGAGCGAAUGAAAGGGUACUACUACAAGACGAAGUCCGCCCUCCAGGCCUCCGAGCUCUACAUCAACACCAAGAGCGGCCGCGGUAAGAGACUCAUCGACCAGUUCCUAGUAGACCUCCGGAAAAUACUCGAGUCCAACAAAUAUAACGAGAGUUACUUCAACCGUAAAGCGGACCAACACGCCCGCAUCUGUAACGAUAGCGGUCUGUUCGAGUGCGGCGGACUCUGGAGCAAGGACACGUGCUCUUACGAGGGCGAUCACGUCAUAAACCCUUACAGGAGCCGCGAGGAGCGAAUCAUAUUCCAGACUUGGAAUCUGGACCAUAAAAUCGAGUUAUCUAGGUCGAUAAUCCCAAACAUACUGAAGGCGAUCGAAGGGUUGUACAACGGUGAUAUUAAAUGUAUAACGUGCGAGGCUGCUUUCAAGCAGGGCACUGUGGAAGCCGAUAGGUACUACAUAGAAAUAUUUACUCGGGAGAACCUGAAGCUGGUUCACAUUGUGUGCCAUUACAAGGGCCGGCAUGACGCUAAUUCUGACGUGUACACCGUUUGCAAGAAAUGUAUUCGUGCUCAGAGCAUCGAGUAUAACGCUUAAAACGGCUUUUCUUUGGUAAGAGCUAUUGACUGAUUUGCUGUUGAUAUUUUGUGCUAUUUUGUAAUAUUUUUCUCUAUCUAGAUCUUUGAAGACCUUUUAUUCACUAAAAAUUCAAACCGUGUUAUAAAACUAUCAUGCGAAUAAAAACGUUGUAAUUUCUGAAAUUGAUUUGACUAAGAUGAAAAAGAUUAAGUGUUUUGGUAACUAUGUAUGACUGUUUUAAUUUUUAAGAAUAAAAGGAUUAGUUAUUUUAAGUACAACAUACAUACAGGGGCGAAGACGGUACGAUGUUAAUAAAGGCAUUACAAAGUCUAAAAAUAUGUAAUAAACAGAAAAUAAUUGAAUGAAAAACGGCGACUUGUGUAGCUAUUCUCAGGAUAAUUUAGAAUUAUUACCGUUAGCCGGCGCUCGGCACUAAUGAAGUAUGUACCUACUCCAACCUGGUAAAUGUUCCUACAUUUCUACCUGCAUAUUUUGGCUUAUAUGUUACAUAAUAUUAUGUCGACUUUACUCGUAUAUGACUUUAUUUAAUUUCGUACCGUCAUCACCCCUAAUCUAUUUUGAAUAAAUAUUUCUCACUACUUUUUGUAUGGUUAAAUACUUUGCUAUAAAUUAAUUAUGUAUUCGCAUUUUUAUAUUGUGCCAAAGACUUUUCCUUACAAUUUUGUUAUUGAAAUUGUAUUGUAACUCUUGUGAAUGUACUCCUACUGCAGUUUUCUGUAAGAACUAAAUAAUCUAACGUAAGAAAAGAUAUGGAAUUGUAGCAAAUGUAGAUAAAAUUAUGUAGCCUUUUAAAGUAGUGAUUAUUUACAAUUUUAAAUUAUAUUGUUAAUGUUGUAAUGUUUAUUAGACAAGACUUUUCUAUUCCUUAAUUGAUCUCCUCUUCCCUUCGUGUUUAGAUGUAAGUAAAUACCUACCUAUUAAAACAUGUAAUAACACUACCGUAAGUGUUAAAACAAGGUAGAACAUUUUUUAAUCUCAAUUAUGUAUUGAUUUAGGUAUUUUUUUAUCUAUAUUUCAUAAUUUGUGUCAUCAAGUUUAAUUGAUGAUGAAGACGUAUGCAUCAAUGGCAUAUCGUGUUACUAAAAUGUUCCAAACCUACAUAAAUGUAACUUUAUUUUGAUAUUAAAUUAAUUUAUCUUGUAUGUGACAAGUACUUGUCCAAAAUGGCUAACAAAAUUGAAUACAUUACCUAAAUGUAAAUAAUAUGGUAAGUGUUCCAAUUUGUUAAGGAAGAGGGAAAGGACACAAACGUUUAGCCAAGUUGAAACAUGAUAACCUCAUUUUAAAUACAGGGUUGUAGAUAGCCGUAUCCAAUAUAAGUGCAAGUUAUCAUUUACAUUCGUGCCGGAUAUCUACUAGUUUCUUGUCGCAACUAGAUUCUGCCAACGACUUCUCGCAUGUCGUCAUUCCACCUAUGUAGUUGAAAUCCUACGUCGCGAUCUUCACUCAAUAAAAAUAAAUAGUCUACAAUCAAGAUUACGUACGAUUAACAACAAGUACCUACAACGAAUGUAAAUGGUAAUUCGCGCUAAAACUCUUUCAAAAUUUAUCGAUUGUUCGUCUGACGAGCACAAGGUGCCGCCAUCGAAUUUAUAGACCAACGCCGUAGCCUCUCAAAGAUGCUUUACGUCCAACUCUUCGGUGGGUAGAUAGAUAGAUAGUUACAAGGAAAGGUACUAAAGGCUUUUUCCUCUUUUACAAGUUUGAUAGAGCUGAAAUUAGUCUGAAAAAUAAUCUAUUGAAUACCAACUUCAAACGAAAAGGAGAAAAAGCCUUGAUGAGUAAUGGAUUGACUCAAACUUAUUAUCGCAAUGUGAUUGUUGAUUUAAAAAUUGUAAUUAUUAUUGUUUAAAUAUCAUAGUCUAUUUUACUAGUGUAAUGGAUCAUUAACUGUUGCUUCUAAGGAAUAUUCAUGAUAAGGCUUGUUUCACAGUCGUCAGAUAAGAAGAGCCCUAUUACAGAAGUCACGCUUUCAAUCCAUCAACAAUAAUACCGAAUAAUUUUACCGCAUUGUCUCAGACUAACAAAAAAUCGCAUUAUGAGCUACUAUACAGGGUGUUAGAUUAAGUAGUUAUGUAUGGAUCUUAUUUUUUAUAGCAAUGUAAGGUAAACCUCCAUUCUACUUUUUCAGUUAGUUUUUAAUGAUUAUAAUUGUUUUAUGGCAAUAGUGUAUUUUAAUUUGUUAAAUUUCAUAAUAAUUUAUAAACAUUUUACGUAAUUGGUACUUAUAAUGAUUUUUGGGACAGAUUUGAUGUUCUCAAAACCUUGUCUUACAUCCUGUAAAAAAAUCGUUGACACAUAAAUAAAUAAUAAUCCAAGAGUCCUAAAAGUUAACAAGUACUUAAGUUUGCUUCCAAAUGCGCGACCGACCCAAGACUUCUUAAUAGGGCAAGUUUUUAAUAAGUUUAAAUGUGUUCUGCAUCCCUCGGAUAGCGCUUAUCCCGCGGUUGUGAGACGACCUGAAUAUAAUAUUUAAUAAUUAUAAGAAUAUAUUUUAUCAAAAUCAAAAAAAUCCUAUUUUGUGACAAUUGUACCUAAUUGUUUAGAUAGACGACAUCAAUAGCAAUAUUACUGUGUAAGUAAUUACUAUUAUAGAUUCAGAUGUCGAUGUAAAUUAUUA